CCCAGGCCCCUGAGCGGGAGGGAUGGAGAACUCCUCAGCAGCUUCGGCCUCCUCCGAGGCCGGGAGCAGCCGCUCCCAGGAGAUCGAGGAGCUUGAGCGGUUCAUCGACAGCUACGUGCUUGAGUACCAGGUGCAGGGGCUGCUGGCCGACAAGACGGAGGGGGACGGCGAGAGUGAGAAGACGCAGUCCCACAUCUCCCAGGAGGAAGCGAUCAAUGGUGGACCACCUAUGAAAGGCUUAACAGAAGAAUGGACGGCGGACUGCAGCUAUUCCUUCCCCCGAGGGCGAGCCCCCCUGCAGCAGAAUGGCAGCAAAGACACCUCUCUGGACAUGCUGGGCACAGAUAUCUGGGCUGCCAACACCUUUGAUUCCUUCAGUGGUGCCACCUGGGACCUGCAGCCUGAAAAGCUGGACUUCACCCAGUUCCACCGGAAGCUCCGACACACGCCCAAGCAGCCCCUGCCACACAUCGACCGUGAAGGGUGUGGAAAAGGGAAGCUGGAAGAUGGGGAUGGAAUCAACCUGAAUGACAUCGAGAAGGUCCUCCCAGCCUGGCAGGGCUACCACCCGAUGCCCCAUGAGGUGGAGAUUGCGCACACGAAGAAGCUGUUCCGGAGGAGGAGAAAUGACCGAAGGCGGCAGCAGAGACCCCCAGGAGGGAACAAGCCUCAACAGCACGGUGACCACCCACCGGGCAGUGCCAAACACAACAGGGACCACCAGAAAUCCUACCAGGGGGGCUCAGUGCCCCACCCCUCAGGGAGGUCCACCCAUCACGGCUACAGCCAGAACCGGCGCUGGCACCACAGCAACAUGAAGCAUCCACCAGGCGACAAGGGGGAGGCAGGCGCCCACCGCAAUGCCAAAGAGACCGUGACCAUGGAGAGCCCCAAACUCGAGGACGCCCUGGGGGAUGCCGGGCACAGCGGCCUCGAGCCCCCCUGCAGCCCUGAUGCCCUGGCCCCGGUGGCUUCCGAGAGGCUGCCCCUGCUGCAGCCAGGGGGUCCAGAGGCUGAGACAAAGCGUAAAGACAGUAUUAUUCCCGAGCGCAGCGGGGAGCGGCCCAAAAUUACCCUGCUCCAGUCUUCCAAAGACAGGCUGCGGCGAAGGCUGAAAGAAAAGGUACCGGAUGAAGUGGCCGUGGAGACCACCAACCCUCAGCAGAACAAGAUGGACAAGUUGAUUGAGAUCCUGAAUAGCAUGAGGAACAACAGCAGCGACGUGGACGCCAAGCUCACCACCUUCAUGGAGGAGGCCCAGAACUCGACCAACUCCGAGGAGAUGCUGGGAGAGAUCGUCCGCACCAUCUACCAGAAGGCCGUGUCCGACCGCAGCUUUGCUUUCACGGCCGCCAAGCUCUGCGACAAGAUGGCGCUCUUCAUGGUGGAGGGGACCAAGUUCCGGAGCCUGCUCCUCAACAUGCUUCAGGUAACGGGCGCCGACAGCUGCACCUCCCUCCCCACCCGCCGGUGGCUUAUUACUAGAGAGAAGGCUGCAGAUUCUGACCACAGUUGAACUUUUCCCAAGUUCCACCCUUGCCCGAUUAGUUACAGAAAAUAAAAAGGCACUCAAGGGGCAAGGGAUGAGUGGCCGGAUUUGCGUGUGUUUGCGUGAGGGCUCCAUGGUUACGAUGGACCAAUAUAAUUUUGUAGGUGCUUCAUGUUUAACCAGCCUUUCCCUCUUUCUAUUUCCAUGAUAAGGGGGCUGGGUCUUGUCUUACCAGGCUCUGUGCUUUGACCUCUCCACGUCCCAGCAGACAUACACUUACUGUGGACUUAUCUUUUCCUCCUCUUCCUCCUCCCCGGGACCACCCUCCAGACCCUGCAGGUGGUGCACUGGUUGUAGUUGGUGCUGAGAUGGGUCUGAGCAAAAGGCAUAAGGGCCUUGAGGAGGGAAGCUUUGAUCUGUCUGCCAAUGCGCCUGGGCUUCUUGAAAACACCUUUAGGGCCGAGGGGAAGCGGGGAGAUCAAAGACCGUCUUGCUCCUUGGUGCUAUCCCACUAAAUCCCUCCACCCCAGAGGACUUAAUCCUGCCCCUCUUUAUUCCUUCCUCCGUGGGUGCCGGCGUCCAGCGAUGGUUUUACUGGGGUGUGUGAUGGGCAUGGGCAUGGGGGCUUAGGCUGAGCCCAGCACUGUUUGAUCUCAUAGGUGGAGAGCUGAAGGCCUAUACCUGCUCUUUCGUCAUGGGCGGUAGCAAGUGAACUGGUCCCAGAACUGGUGGCAUCAGGGAGAGGUAGCAGGUGGCACAGCAUGGUGGCCAUGCCGGGCCCAGGAACUAUUCCUUGGAGACUUGGCUGUGGAAAAUCAUCUGUAAUCAUGCUUUGUACCUUAGGCUAGUUGAGAUAUGAAAUGAGUUUCAGUCCAGGGUGAAACAGUAGCUUAGAAGUUCUGAAGGUAGGAUUACAGAGCUGGAAGAAACCACCUGCAGGUCUGUCUUAACGAGGGUGACCAUAUAAUAGGUCAUCCAAACCAUGACACUUUUGAGAAUCGGGGCUCUGGUCAUAGUCAGGCCGAGACCCCAGGUGUUAACCAGGAUAUGUGGUCACCCUGGUCUUAGCCACCUGGUUCGCAGUCUUCCCUCUCUUCCCUGAGAACAGGGUGGGAGGAGCCCCCUCCGAAGGCUGCCCAUGGGCUCCAUCCCCACCGUCCUCUCCUCUUCCCAGGGAGACUGCUCACUGCAACCCGAGCCUCGCUGGCCAGCCUGGGCUGCUUCUGUCCAGCUCCAGGCACCGAUCGGGUUCCCAUUCCUGGAUCGCCCACGCUCCCCAGUGAUGAAUUCCCUCAUUACCUGAGGGAUUUGCACAUCGGGCAUGUUCCCCGCUCGCCGGAAUGUCCUGGGAGUGCGCGGAGGGUGACAGUGGGGGGCAGCCUGUCUGCCACGUACAGCCAGGCGCGGGGGAGUCAGGGACAGAUUGGCCUUUGGCCUUGGCUUUUAUCAAGAGAAGGGCCAGGAUAGGGCAAGACUUCUAGACAAUAGUUGCCGGCUCCAAAUAACCUAACCAGAGCCAGUGGUGGAUAGACACGCAGGGCGUGAGACGAGAUGCACCCAGGCGGGAAGGGCAGCUGGCAGCAGGGGCCACCCAGGAUCCUGCCCCGGUCAGGCUUCUCUUCCAAUGACCCGUGGUUAGAGCGGCCUUGCCCACGGUGUCCAGCAGAGCAUCAAUCCUGGGAAAGGCUCAGCCACAAACGGAGCUUCGUGGCCCCUACACCCGCCUCUCCGUCAGCCACAGAGUGGACUGGCUUAGGCCAGCAGGAAGGGAACCUGUUUGGCUACAUCCAGCUCAGUGAAGUCCCCUUUGCAUUCCCCAGCUAAUGACUUCUUGUGGAAUUAGUGUGCUGAGAGACACAGUUUGGCAAACACUAGCGCAGGGAAAGAGCACUAAACCGAAAGUCAGGAAGCAGGGCUUCUCGGCCUGAUUCAGCCAUGGUCACCCGGAGCUUGGCCUCUGCAGCUCCUGCUGGGAAAGGGAUUGGCUGCUCCACACUGGUCAGUGGACCUUAUGAUUUUGCGCUGCUAAAGACGAGUCGGGGGCCUCAGGGAGGGCGUGAGUGGCCCCACGUGAGCUGCUUCCUUUCUCCCUCUCUCCUGGCCCUGUUAGUGACAUGAAACAGUCCUGGGUCCCUCUCAUCCUCAGAAACUUGCUUACCCCAUAUUGGGGCUCAGCGAUAGGUCUGUCGUGUGUGACAGGCUUUGGGGGCCAGCCCACGAGACCCAGUCCUGCUAGUGUCACUUGUCUCUGGGGCAGAGGGGUACUCUCACUCCCAAUCUGCCGCUUGCCUGGGUGGAGCAUUUGUGGGUCAGAUAUUUAGAAAUCGAAAUGUGCCCUAGACCCUACCACCCCCUUCAUCUCCUGCAGCCCCAGCUUAAGUGUAAGAGGGAGAGGGCUGGAGCUGGACACUCAGGCUUCCUGGGUCACUGUUCAAAGCCCUUUGGCUCCCGUGGAAGGUGGGCUGAAUGUGCUGGCGUGAGGCGGCCCCUAAGCUCCUAGCAGACCCCCGGUUACAAGGCCUGGAGGAAGCCAGCACCGCGUGUCUGCCGGGACUUCCUCUGCAGCUGAGGAGGUGGCGGGUUGGAGUAGGCUUUCUAGGCAGCAUAAUACAUGGCCACUCACCACCCCAGCCCCACAAGGCUCAAGAAAAGAGAGCAGUGGGCAUAGCUCAUUAAACCCCACUUUCCCUGUGACCCACAGGGGUGUCGUUUUUCACCUGCUUUCAUUUUCUGGCCAACCUGAUUUGUAUCCCUUCCCUGGCCAGCAGUCCUGGGCCUGGCCCCCAGCACUUUCCCCAUGCUUUCUCCCUCUGAGGUUCACGCUCAGCUGCAUGCACUCAAGGCCCACUGCCUCUGGAUCCCCAGCCAGCCCCUGGUUCAGGUCGGCGGCCUCUGAGAUGCCCCUCACGUGGCCAGUUUUCGUCUCUGCCUCCACGUACAAGCUCUGAGACCCGGCUUAGUGAUUCUGGCUGCAAAGCGGACAGGGUGUGAAGCGCCCUAUGAACACAGCUCCCAGCAGCUGUCUUUGGAUGUUGCCCUCCUCGGCCCGACCGCCUUCACUGCCUGGGCUUUGGCAGCACGGCAGGAGAGGGGCAGGCUCUGAUGUAGUGGACACUCUUUGGCACAGUGUGGCGCUGCCUGCCAAGCUGCUGGGAUGCCGCCCCCAUGGAGAGGCAAGUGGGCCCCGGGGGAAGUCAAAAGACCUUUCACCCUUUCCAGCCAGACUCAGCGUUGUCAUCUCAAGAAGUCCAAAAGCACUACCCUCAUGAGCACGGGCAAUGCCAGAGACGUCGGGGUCCCAGGGGACCCCUGUCACCAAUCCACAGCUCAAAAAUCAUCCUCAGUUUUUACAUCUAAACGGAGUCUUUUUGCCUUAGAUGUGGUCAUUUUCUUAGUAACGUUCUUGUAAGUAAAAUUCUACUUA